CGGCGUGCCGCGCGCCGGCCUUCUCCGCUCGGCCGGCCCAAGAUGGCGGUGCAGGAGUCAGCGGCCCAGCUGUCCAUGACCCUGAAGGUUCAGGAGUACCCGACCCUGAAGGUGCCUUAUGAGACACUGAAUAAACGCUUCCGAGCUGCUCAAAAGAACAUCGACCGAGAGACAAGUCACGUUACAAUGGUGGUGGCGGAACUGGAGAAGACUCUGAGCAGCUGCCCAGCUGUAGAUUCUGUGGUCAGCCUCCUGGAUGGGGUAGUGGAGAAGCUCAGUGUCCUCAAGAGGAAGGCAGUGGAGUCCAUUCAGGCCGAAGAUGAGAGUGCGAAGCUCUGCAAGCGCAGGAUCGAGCACCUGAAGGAGCACAGCAGCGACCAGCCAGCAGCGGCCAGCAUGUGGAAGAGGAAGCGCAUGGACCGCAUGAUGGUGGAGCACUUGCUGCGCUGCGGCUAUUACAACACGGCGGUGAAGUUGGCGCGACAGAGCGGUAUUGAGGACCUGGUGAACAUCGAGAUGUUUCUGACGGCCAAAGAGGUGGAGGAGUCCUUGGAGCGGCGGGAGACAGCCACGUGCCUGGCCUGGUGCCAUGACAACAAGUCCCGGCUCCGGAAGAUGAAGAGCUGCCUGGAGUUCAGCCUCAGGAUUCAGGAGUUCAUUGAGCUCGUCCGGCAGAACAAGCGCCUGGAUGCGGUGAGACACGCAAGAAAACACUUCAGUCAGGCUGAAGGGAGCCAGCUGGAUGAGGUCCGCCAAGUCAUGGGCAUGUUGGCUUUCCCACCAGACACACACAUCUCCCCAUACAAGGACCUCCUGGACCCAGCACGUUGGCGGAUGCUGAUCCAACAGUUCCGCUAUGACAACUACCGGCUGCACCAGCUGGGCAACAGCUCGGUGUUCACGCUCACGCUGCAGGCCGGCCUCUCCGCCAUCAAGACACCCCAGUGCUAUAAGGAGGAUGGCAGCUCCAAGAGCCCCGACUGCCCGGUCUGCAGCCGCUCCCUGAACAAGCUGGCCCAACCACUGCCCAUGGCCCACUGUGCCAACUCCCGACUGGUGUGCAAGAUCUCCGGCGACGUGAUGAACGAGAACAACCCACCCAUGAUGCUGCCCAAUGGCUACGUCUACGGCUACAAUUCUCUCCUUUCUAUCCGUCAAGAUGAUAAAGUUGUUUGCCCAAGAACCAAAGAAGUCUUCCACUUCUCACAAGCGGAGAAAGUAUACAUCAUGUAGGCCCUCUGUCGCCAAGGCCCACCAGGCUCAGGGCUGCAGGGGCUGGGGCCUGCCUUCCUCCCUCCUGACCCCUGCCUGCCCGGUGUUUCUGUUUCUUGCGACCAAAGAUCAGUGAGGAACAACACAUACUCUUAGGAAGAGGAAGUGAGAUUUACCAAGCCUGUACCUGAGAAGAGCAUUUUGAUCUGUAGGGUUUUGUAAUGUAAGUCAACUCUUGGAUGCUACUGCAAAGUUCUUGCACCUCUCAGAGGAAACUUUUCUCUACAGCCUGACCUAAACACUGGGAGAAGCUCAGAACAUCUCAAAAGUAGGAAUCAAUUAUUUCUUUCUCAGUUUCCUCCUUUUGCUAGUGACCAGAUGAGGGAAGCUUGAGGAAUGACUGGUGUUGGCUACAGUCCAGGAAGGUGCCGGCUGCGCCCGGUGACCGCAGUGACUUGUGACACGAGGCCUUUCCUGACUCCACUGGAGCUGGGGCUUCUUCCCCAGGGCCCUGCCCACAGGGUGGGCUGUGGUGGUGGGUUGUGUCCACACGUGCAUAGGUUCAGGAUCUCAUCUGCACCCGCCUUAUUUCCUGCUUCAAGAAUGUAUUCACAUGGAAAUCCACUGGACCAAGUUUCUACAGAGGCCUUGCCCAAUGGUUCUAUAACCAUGAAGUCUAAAUGCUAUUCAUCACAGAAACUGAUAGUUCAGCCGAAAAGUACUGAUGAGUUUUCAAAACAAACGAACCAUUGUAGUUCACACACAACAUAUUGUAGAGGUUUGUACCUAGCGCUUAUUUUUGCAUGUUGAUGUUGAUGUUGAUUAGCUAAUAAACUGUAAAUGUAAAGCGUGUUAAUAAAAUAGCUUUCUAUUUCUCA